AUGAAUAUGUCCGACUUCGCCUCAUCAUACGACGACACUCAUAGGAGUGUCACAAAUCCGCCCGUCUCGAGACCUUUCCAGACGACAUCUUCACAAUUGAGCAUGCACGGUCUGCCCAUGUUCUCCGCGCAGCCCAUGACCAGCUCUGUGCCCUAUCAAUCUGGAGCGUUCGCCUUCGAUUCAAUGACAACAACCAACCCAUACAACAUACAACAGGCGUACCCUAUAAACUACGCAACAGCAAUGACGCAGAACGUAUCCUACCAUGGAACGUCGGACAUCCAGCCCAUGCCUCUUGUGCGAACAGCAAGGAAUGGCUUCGCGAGCCUUGGUAGCCCUGGGGUGAAGUCGGAAACCUCCUCGCCCGUUCAGUCACAUCAUGGCAUGACCGACAUGUCUUACAGCCAGGAUUACAAACGCUCAACGUCGGAACCAUCGGAGGGUAGUGGCGGCAACUUCGCAACCGAUGUGGAUACACUGAUGAAGGCCAUUCAAGCAAAACAAUCGACUGCGUCAAAUAGAGACCCUGCCAAGGUGAGUGACUACGCAGGCAUAAAGAGCUCAGCAUCUAAAGAAAAAUGGCAGGAGGAUGAGAUCAAACCUGCUCGGAGGGCGGCAAAACGAUAUGUGUGCACGAUUCCAGAAUGCGGCAAAGCUUUCUACCAGAAGACCCAUCUGGAUAUUCAUCGCCGGGCACACACUGGAGACAAGCCUUUCGAAUGCAAAACCUGCGGCCAGUCCUUCUCCCAGCUUGGGAACUUGAAGACUCACGAGAGGCGCCACACGGGAGAGCGUCCCUACACCUGCGAAAUCUGCGGCAAAUCGUUUGCUCAGAGGGGCAACGUUCGGGCUCACAAGAUUGUGCACCAGCAGAUCAAGCCAUUUACCUGCAAACUGGAUCAAUGUGGGAAGCAAUUCACACAAUUGGGCAAUCUCAAGUCUCACCAGAACAAAUUUCACGCCCCUGCCUUACGCUUCCUUACUCAGAAGUUCGCUUGCAUCAAUCCCGGCGACAAAGUACAGCAAGAGGAUAAGGAACUGUGGGAGUACUUCGCAUCUCUCUACAAGAACUCGAACAAGGGCAUCAAGGGCCGAGGAAAGGACCGGAGGAUCACCACGGCUCCUUCAUCAGCAGCUGGAAGCUCGUCAUCAUACAACGGUCUCUCGGCCGAUACGAGUCGCGAGUACAACAGCUACCAGCAUUCCGGUAGCGAGCGCAGCAGUCGCUGCUCGUCCACCAUUUCCGAACCCGCCGUGAAAGUAGACACUGGCUACCAUUUCAGCACUCCUCUGCACUCAGGAUACCAACAACAGAACGUCUACGAUGACUCUGCGUUUCCCGAGCGCAGACUGUACUAG